AUGCCCUCAUCCCCCGCCGCACAAGGAGCGUCAGUGCGCGCAGAAUCGCCCAUUGUCCCGCCGCGGGACCCGCCGGGGGAGGGAGCCGAGCCGUCCCGGGGCAGAGGCACCAUCCCUGGAGGCGGCGGCGGGGCUGGAAGGCCAGGAGCGCUCUGCGCGCGCGGGCAGGCGCUCCGACGGGUGGGGGCCUGGGUGCUCGGCGGCGCGUGGGCCGAGCGUCCGGGUCCGGAGCGCACUCACCUGGCAGCGGCCGAGCGCGUCAGGCGGCGGGCAGGCGAGAGGGCAGACUCUGGAAACGAGGCUGGGCGCGCCGGCCCGCGCGCAGUUUUGUUCCGCUCUGGGAGGGCGUGUCCGGGCCGCGCCAACCCACAGGCUUUGCACACCGCACUAGGCUGGCGCCGAAGUCACCGCCCCGGGCUGAUGUCACGGCGCAGGGCCGCCCCCAGGGCCGGGCCGCGCCGGCUGCGCUCCGGGGAUCCCCUGUGCGCCCCGCCGCAGAGGAAGCAGCAGCUCACUGUGCCCGGAACUUCUCAGCGGUCCUGGCCGCUGGACGAGGGUGGAGACACACGUGAUCCGUGA